AUGCAGACGCCACCAUACUGCCAACUCGAAGACCUGACGCCGUUCGCGAGCUGUCACCUCUGGAAGCUCAUGACGUCGUUUUAUGACCGCCAGGGCGUCGCGUCGUGGGCGCGAGGCAUUGUGCCGCACUUUGUCACGUCCAAUGCGUUCAUUGCCAAGCGCUACAGCAAGGUGCUGGAGAGUUACUUCAGAGACGCCGUGGCGCCCGGCUCAGCGACGCCGGUGGACGUUACCCAGCCCUUUUACAUUGUUGAACUUGGUGCGGGGUCGGGUAAAUUCAGCUUUUACUUUAUCAAGACACUUGUUCAUGCCAACACAGUCCUGGACAUGCCGUUGAGUAACAUUCGCUACGUCAUGACCGACUUCACGGAGCAGAACUUGCACUUUUGGAAGACACAUCCAGCGUUCGUGCCAUUCGUCAAGAGCGGACUCGUGGACUUUGCCAUUUUUGACGCGACUACGGACUCGGAGCUGCGUCUGCACUUGUCUGGACAUGUCAUUCGCCCCGGCGAGCUGCGCAAUCCAAUCUGCGUGAUUGCAAAUUAUCUGUUCGACACACUUUGCCAUGACCUUUUCCAAGUGGACAGAGGUGUGCUGAAACAAGGUCUGGUGCGUGUCGGCUCGACGCGCGCUGAAGAGCCUGACCCGCUGGACCCUGAGAUUGUCAAGCGCAUGCGUAACAUCUUCAAGUACGAGCAGAUUGACGAAACGUACUACGGAGGGACGAAGCCACAUCACAACAAUAUGCUAAUGUGGUACCACGAGUAUUAUGAUCCUGCAUCGUCAGGUGCUACAAUUUUGGUGCCCGUUGGAGCCCUGUCAGCUAUCGAGCGCCUUGCAGUGCUAUCACUGAAUGGACUUGUGCUGCUUUCAGGUGACAAGGGGAACAGCAACCCGGACCGGUUUCGAGGGAUCAGUGACCCACAGAUUGCCGUCCAUGGCAGCUUCUCCAUCAUGGUAAACUAUCAUGCGAUUAGUGUGUAUUUUGCGAGCCGCGGCGGGUUCGCGUUGCACAGCUCACAGGAAGAAGCCAGCCUCAAGGUGUCUGUGUUCGUGCUUCCGGCAAACGCUGCUAGUGAAGAUAAAGACGGCGACAUACCGAUGGUGGAACUGUACGACAGUGGACUGCAUGAAACUUGCGAGAGGCGGAGUCUUCAGUUUCCACAUCUUUCGACAGCAUUUGAGGACCAGAUCGUGUCAUUCGGACCGAAUGACUUUUUCGUGAUGCAAAAAGCUGCUUACGAAGACGCGGACACUCUGUCGCUCCGGGCUGUAUUGUCAUUGAUGCGACUGAGCGAAUGGGACCCGGACGUGUUGUAUAAGUUUCACGAUGUCUUGUUACAUCGAUUGCCAAGCGCCACUGCCGAACUGAAGCAAGACGUGAUGCACGGCAUUUCGCAGGUCUGGAGUAACUACUAUGCACUGGACAACGGAAAGGAUAUCGCCUUUGCGAUCGGUCGUAUCUGCUACGGUUUGCACGAGUAUGACAGCGCUUUAGCUUAUUAUGCCCUCUCUGCGCAGGAAAUGGGCAAGCACUAUGUCACGAGUCACAACAUGGGGUUGUGCCAUUACAGUAAGAAGCAACUGGGGUUGGCAGCAACGUGCUUUGAGGAAGCGUGUGCACUCAACCGUUCUUACGGCAAGGCAUCUAUUUGGCUUGAGCGCGUGCGUCAAGAGAUUGGUGCUGUACUAGUUGGUGGCGUUUCUGCGGUACCCACUCAGCCUGUGGUGCAGCAGUUCACGGGUAGCGCUGCCCACGAACAGGUGCCUCAAUCACCUAAACGCCUGGUGGCAUAG